CUCCAUGCGGGGAGGGGCGCAGCCGGGCAGGCCAGGGCUGGGGGGCUGCGGCCGGCGCCGAGGGCAGUCAAGGAGGACCUGCCCGGCUGGCUGCCCCAUGCCAUGCCCUACCUCGCCCAGGCGAGGCGGCGGGCGGGGAAGGAUGCGCCGCCGUCCACUGCAGUUUGCAGACCAGCUUUCCCUCUUGCAGCCCAUGCCCUGAAGCAGAAAGUUUGGGGACCGGGGGCUUCUAUCUUCCUUCCUGCCAAUGACUUUGCCCAAGGACUUCUGCUGCCCAGCCCUGACUGUGACCUGGCAUCUGGUAUCCAGAUCAGAAUGAAUUGCUCCAGCCAGUAACCAAGGCUCCCCCACUCCUUCAGCACCCCCUUCUUUUUUCUUUAAAUUUCCGUUUGCCAUCUUUUGUUUGUUUGGUUUUUUUAAACUCACUGCCCCCUUUCUGGGUGGGAAGGAGGGAGAACAGUUCCCCCUUAAGAAGGCAGCGCUGGAAGGGACAGAUCUCCAAACCGACCCAUAUUCAUCAUGAAGAGGUGCAAGUCUGACGAACUGCAGCAACAGCGGGAGGAGGAUGGAGCCGGGCUGGAAGAUACUGCUUGCCACCUGGCCGGCCCGGACUUGAAACCUGGAGAGGUCAUGAGUGCAAAUCCUGCUGUGGCUCCAGCGACUCCAGAUGUAGGUGCUACCAUGGCCCCCAACCCUGGCCCUCGAAGCAAGCCUCCGGAUUUAAAGAAAAUCCAGCAGCUUUCUGAGGGCUCCAUGUUUGGCCACGGCCUGAAGCAUCUGUUCCACAGUCGAAGGCGGUCCCGGGAACGGGAGCAGCAGCAGCAGCAGCAGCAGCAGCAGACAUCUCAGGACUCCCAGCAGCAGCCGCAACACGGCAUGUCAGACCAUGACUCCCCAGAUGAGAAAGAGCGCUCCCCAGAGAUGCACCGUGUCUCCUACGCCAUGUCCCUGCACGACCUGCCUGCUCGGCCCACUGCCUUCAACCGUGUGCUGCAGCAGAUCCGCUCCCGCCCCUCCAUUAAGAGGGGGGCCAGCCUACACAGCAGCAGCGGGGGCAUCGGAGGGGGUGGUGGUGGCAGUGGCAGCAGCCGCAGAACCAAGAGCAGCUCCUUGGAGCCCCAGCGGGGCAGCCCUCACCUGCUGCGUAAGGCCCCCCAAGACAGCAGCCUGACAGCCAUCUUGCACCAACACCAAUGUCGACCCCGGUCUUCUUCCACCACUGACACUGCUCUGCUGUUGACAGAGAGCAGCAAUACCUAUUUCUUGGCCGAGGAGUCAGAGGGCCUUUCUGAUAAGGCUGAAAAGGGUGACCUUGUCACACUUCCUGCUGGUCCUGGCCAUGGUGACUCUGAUGUCCCCAUCAACCUGGAUGUCCCUGAAGGGACCCCAGAUCCCCACCGGACCAAGGCCGCCAUUGAACAUCUGCACCAAAAGAUUCUCAAGAUCACAGAGCAGAUCAAGAUUGAACAGGAGGCCCGGGAUGACAAUGUGGCUGAGUACUUGAAGCUGGCCAAUAAUGCAGACAAGCAGCAGGUGUCACGCAUCAAGCAGGUGUUUGAGAAGAAGAACCAGAAAUCGGCCCAGACCAUCGCCCAGCUACACAAGAAGCUGGAGCAUUACCACAGGAGACUGAAAGAGAUUGAACAGAACGGGCCCUCCCGGCAGCCCAAAGAUGUCCUGAGGGACAUGCAGCAGGGGCUGAAAGAUGUGGGCGCCAAUAUGCGGGCAGGCAUCAGUGGCUUUGGAGGUGGCGUGGUGGAGGGUGUGAAGGGAAGCCUCUCCGGGCUCUCCCAAGUGACCCAUACGGCUGUGGUGUCCAAGCCCCGGGAAUUUGCGAGCCUUAUCCGUAACAAGUUUGGCAGUGCAGACAAUAUCGCCCACCUGAAGGACCCGCUAGAAGAUGGUCACCCGGAGGAGGCAGCCAGGGCUCUGAGUGGCAGUGCCACCCUAGUGUCCAGUCCCAAGUAUGGGAGUGAUGAUGAGUGUUCCAGUGCCAGUGCCAGCUCAGCAGGAGCAGGCAGUAACUCGGGGGCAGGGGCUGGUGGGGGACUAGGGAGCCCCAAGUCCAACACUCUGUACAGUCACCCCAACAACCUGGAUACUCUGCUGGAAGAGCUUCGGGAGAUCAAGGAGGGCCAGUCACACCUGGAAGACUCCAUGGAGGACCUGAAGGCUCAACUACAACGAGACUAUACUUAUAUGACACAGUGUCUACAGGAGGAGCGCUACAGGUAUGAGCGCCUAGAAGAGCAGUUGAAUGACCUGACAGAGCUCCAUCAGAACGAGAUGACCAAUCUGAAACAGGAGUUAGCCAGCAUGGAGGAGAAAGUGGCCUACCAGUCCUAUGAGAGGGCCCGAGAUAUCCAGGAGGCCGUGGAGUCCUGCCUGACCAGGGUCACCAAACUGGAGCUCCAGCAGCAGCAGCAGCAGGUGGUCCAGCUGGAGGGCGUGGAGAACGCCAACGCCCGGGCGCUGCUGGGCAAAUUCAUCAAUGUGAUCCUGGCGCUGAUGGCCGUGCUGCUGGUGUUCGUCUCCACCAUCGCCAACUUCAUCACGCCGCUCAUGAAGACCCGGCUCCGCAUCGCCAGCACCACCCUCCUCGUCGUCCUUCUCUUCCUCCUCUGGAAACACUGGGACUCCCUCAGCUACCUCGUGGAGCACGUGCUCCUGCCCAGCUGAAUCACCAGCCCGAGCGCUUCCCCGAGCUCCCAGGCAGCUUCUGUUCUCUAGUGGGGAGAUCUGGCCCCGCCGCCUUGGACUUCUUCGCGUGUUUGGUUCAGGCUCUCGGCCCACAUUCCUGCACUCUGUUGCCCUCCUCCCCUUCCCUUAUGUUUCAUUCAUAUCUGAUAAUGUUUCCUCCCUCCCAAGGGGAAACUCAUCCCAGGGUGGAUGGGAAGCUGACUGCUUCCCUCCCUCGGCACAGAUAUGGGAACUAUAGCAGAGUGGAGAAGAAAACCAGGGAUUCUAUUUAUUUGAUGAUUGAAAAGACGUUCAAGGUCUCUCUGCUGACCUAGAGAUGGCCCGAGAGCUCUCUGCUCUGAGCCCCAUGGGAAAGCACUCACUCUGGAGACUUCUCUUCAUUUGAUCUCAGGACAAAGAUGGGCAAGCAGACCAAAUGGGAGAGAGGAAGAAGUUCCACAGACCCCAGAGGUCGAGGAGAAGCCACUGGAGGAGAGAGAGCUUUGAAGGGGCAGGAAGUAUUCCUUAGUGCUCCAGAUGUCUGCAGGGCAAAAGGGGACCCAGAGGAGCUGGUUCCCAAGCCUGGCUCAGCCCUGUCUGCUGCAGAUCUGAACCCUGUGAUGCACAGGAUGCAGAUCGGAAGAUGAGGGACCUCUGUGUCUUGGGAAUUGUGUGCUUUUUUUUUCAACUGUUUGUCCUUUUCAUGCUGUCAUCGACCUGUCAUUUUCAGAGAAAUACAGCCCCCUCCCCACCCCCACCCCUCCAGGGCCCCAAGCCUCAGGUCUUGGGCUCCUGUGAAUUCUGUCCAUUUAUUUAUUUAUUUAUUUAAGACUGUAUUUCUUCUUCCCAUCCUGAAUUCCAGGGAGGCCCAUUCUAUAACACCCCCCACACCACCAAAGUAUCCUCUCCUUGUCUUCUUUGCCUGGAACCAGGGUCUUAUCCCUGGGGAUUCUGAUCUGGGUGGCAGUAGCACUUCUGUACAAUUUGCUUUCUGGACCCCUGAGUCUAGAGUGGGAGCAAAGUUAUCCAAUCCCCUUUACCCUAUCAGCUGGGAUAGGAGGAAUCGAGCCUUGGCCUCCAUUUUGUAUGACUAUUUAUUAUUUGUAUAUGUGUGUAUGCGUGUGUGCCUGUAUUUUUUUUUUAAGUCACUGGAGUGUUUUGUGUGGUUGCUGUUCAUGGUCCCCACCUUCCCAUUGGCGCUUCCAGGAGAAAAGGGGGUUCCUGGGAGAAUGAUAAAUGGAAUCCUCAGGGGUUUGGGGGAGCCCUGCCCACGUCCGGGGAUUUCAAGAGAAAUAAAAAAUACUUCCCUGAAUUCUCAAA